AUGCAUUUCUCAACUUUCAUUCCUGCUAUUCUUCUACUACCCUACACCACUCAAGCUCUCACCUACUGGCUAGACAAAAGUUGUGUUCCAAGAAAACCGCUCGAAGCACCCAACAGUACACCUGUAUCUGGAGAUGGUAUUCAUCGCUGGGAUGUGCUUUUUGAUGAACUCAGAGCUGUUGGAAAAAAUGCAAAGGAUCGUUUGACGAAUGCAAGACGCGAUCCAGAUUUUACUAGGGCAUUCAAUGUUCUUUUUAGACAAGAUACCCGGAAUUCCAAUAACGUGGUUGAUCAAGAUGGACAGGCGGUACUAGCGCUGAGAAAAUAUUUCAUGGCUCUAGAGGGAAUGAGACAUGAGGAGGUUCAGGUCAAUGCUGAUCUUAGGUUUUAUUGUGAUAAUGAUGCACGCUGGGUGCAAAAAACAGGAGGAUGGAGAAACGGGAUGGAAAGAAAAUGCUCAGAUAAUAAGAAUCAUUUAUCGACACCAAAACUCUAUUGCAAGGAUGCUGGUGUGAGUGCCAUUACAUAUAUCGAUUAUCUGGGACAAGACAGACCAGUUGUACAACCAGGUACACCGAAGACAAAUCAUAACCUAAAUCGUGCAACAAUCACUCUUUGCGACCACGCAUUCAACAAAUUAGACGCACAAGCAGACCCUAGAUCGAACAAGUUAGCUCGAUAUCUAUUUUCCGAUAUUCCGGAGAAUUUCGACUAUGCAGAUGUGCAUUUGAAUCCUAGACCUAUCGACUUCAUCACAUCUACUUUCAACGCAUUGUUAUUACAUGAAAUAUCGCAUACUAGACCAUUUUUGACUGAGGAUGUGGAAUUGGAUGUCGCCAGGAAGAAUGCAGAAAGUUUCAUGUAUUUAGCCAUCAUCUCAAUGUUCCAAGAUCGCAAUUUUGUACUCGAUAGGAGGGCUCCGGCCAAUGGGUAUCUGGAUAAGGAAGAUGAUGUUCAUAAACCGACGGGUUAA